AUGUUUGUCAUUGAUCAAUGUCUCGUCUUGCCUGUUAAUGGAAGUGGUCUAGACUUUAACGACGGUGAACGCAUCGUUUGGCCAGCUGGUCGUGCUUUCGAACUCGGUGUCACUGUUGAACCCACCCAAAUGGGUGUUCUAAUGAAAGGUCGUCAAACUGCCAGUCAAUACGCCAGUCUUCUGCAUGGAUUUAGCUAUUGGCCACCAAUUGAAAUUGAAAAACGCGUGAAUGACCAAGGUCUUGCAUCUGGCCUACUUCUUGAACGCAAAUUUCAACUUAUCUGUUCAUAUAAUGAUGCCGGAAUUCUUCUGAGUUCACCAAUAAUCGCCAAGGAGACCACAUUGAACAAAAAUGUCGUCUACUCAGACAACUCCCGCAGCAAUCCUCUGCUCGGAGCUGUUCGACAAUCCGAUGAGGAUGAGGAUGACGAUGAGGAUGAUGAUGAUGAAUUUUCCGAAGUUGAUGAUCCUUUUACUGGUGGUGAUACCUCAGGCGUUGGAUAUGUUCAGUGGCCUCCAUAUGUCAUGACCUACGGAGAAGACCCAUCGUUGCGUGGUUGGGAAGGCGGAGCUCAAUUCGCUCACUCUGACAAGGAGGUGCGCCCAGUUGGUGCUCUUGGUCUCCAUGAGAAGGACCAAUUGAAGAAAGCUGAAGGAGGCAAAAUUAAUACGUUCGGUUUGGCUAUCGGUUCAGGAGUUGCCUGUUUCGCAGUUAUGGCGAUGGUGAUAGCAUUCUUCAUUUCGAAAUCCAAUGGUUUCCGUCGAGGCAAGUUGCGCUUCUUCCGCCGAGGUGGAAGCAAAGCACCCGGGCAUUUCCAAUACCGUCCCGAAGCUCGACUCAAUGUUAUUGAGAACCCGAUUGAACAAAUGGAGGGUGGAAAGCUGAGCUGGCAACCCCCGAUUACUACACCAACCCCAAUUCUCUCAGAAGGAAUUCCUGGUGUCCAUGUCCCUUAUGGUGCUCGUGAUGACCAAUUCGACGCAGAGACUCGCUCUUUCAAUGGCCUCUUUGAGGAAGACGACGGUGACGCAGAUGAAGGAAUCGCCGCAGCUGUUUUGGAAGAGGUAGAUGAUUUUGAUGAAAGCGAACUGUCCCAACAUAUGGAACGCAUCCCAGGUGAUACUCCACGUCACCAUCAGGAUAUUGAAGCAGACGGUGAUGGUAUAGAAGAUGACGAAGACACUUCUUUCAGUGUCGGACCUAAUCAUCUGGAUUUCGUCACCCUUCCUGGCCCUCGUCAUGGUCGUGGAUUCAAUCCUGAUAUUUAA